UGAGUUUUGAUAAUAUGAGUAUCUUCUCAGAUACUCUUGAGAAGGAAAAGAAGGCAGAACAAGUUCACAUAGGUGUGAGCAAUCCAGCAGAGGAAGAGAAGUUUAGAGAACAAGAUGAUGAUCAAAGUUUUGAUCUCCUCCAAGAUACUUAUGUUAAAUUUGACCAAGAAGAUCAACAGUUCCAAGAAUUAGUUGAGGAAACUGACGCUCUACAUUUUGAAAGUCGUGAAGUGUUGUCGAAUAUAGAGAAGUAUCGUAGUUUCCAUAACAAUGUAAUCAAAGAUUAUGAUGCUAAAGAACUUGAUAAGCUUGUUCCUCUUGAACAGCAAUUUCUUACUAAGGCAGAACCCAAAUAUUUCUCGAAAAGAAGCGAAGUAAGCACUGGAAGUUCUAGUUCUUUAUCUGAGAGCUCUCCCGAGAAAGACAAUAACAUGCACUCAACUUCUUCUGGAACAAAUGGAGAAAAUAUAUCGACUCAAUGUGAAAUUGAAGUCCCUGAAAGAUCUCUUAAUGAAACCCCUGUGAAGAAAGGAAGAACCGCGAGAAAGUCUAAAGUCUCUCCAAACAUUUUUAGACGUGACUCCAUGGUUAAAAGAGCUUUGAGAGGCUCAAAUGAAAUCAUAAAGCUCUAUAUCCGCCAGCUUGUGAAGAGAGAGCCGCUUUCAAUCAGGCGUCAGAUCAAAUAAUGACUCUAGCUUCUUUAAGGCCUGGGCUGAAGCUCAUCUUGAAGCUUACUUUAAAGACUACCUUGCUGAUUUUUAUAACUGUAAUUUAACAGCCAGAGUUAAAAAUACUCUGUUUGCUAACAUCACUUACUUGUACAAGUCGAAGAAGGGGUUCGAGACUUAUUUGAACACCGGAGAUGGCUUCACAGAAAAGCAAAAGAAGCAAUUUAUCAAACUCACAGAUGAUUAUUUUGAAUUUUAAUGAUGCCAGAUCAGGAAACGCUAGAGCGAGGGAGAGAUCUCUUUACCAUAACCCUAUGAUAAAGCUAGCAAAAGUGCUGAUGCUGACAGACCAAGAUCAAACCAUGAUUACUGCUUUUUGGAGAAAGUUAAUGGGACGUGCUAACUCUUCAUUCGCAGACCCUGCCCUGUUCAAGGCCAAAAUUCUUGAACUGCUCGAACUGCCUGCUAAUCUUGGUGAAUAA